AAAGCCAGCAGCAGUUCUGGUCCGUCAUUAUCACUCAGCAUCAUCAGCAACCGACACACAACACCACAUUCAAGCCAUACACACUGCCUCAUCCAAUCAUGCCUCGUACUAUAUUGGUCUGCGGCGCAACGGGGAAACAAGGCGGAGCCGUCAUCAACCGCCUCAUCGAACAAAAUGCCGACUUCCAGAUCCUUGCAGUCACGCGGGACGCAAACUCCAGGUCUGCGCAGCAGCUCUUGAAGAAGUCGCCCAACAUCCGACUCGUCCAGGGCAACCUGGCCGAUCCGGCUGCGCUCCUGAAGACUGCCGCGGAAGUGGCCGGGUCCCCAAUCUGGGGCGUCUUCAGUGUUCAGGUCGCCAUGGGCUUCGGGCAGGGCGCAGGCGGCGAGCUAGCUCAAGGCAAAGCUCUCAUCGACGCAUCUCUCAAGGCCGACGUCAGAUUCUUUGUCUACACUUCUAUCGAUAGGCACGGCGCGGAUAACCCCACCAAGGUCCCCCAUUUCAUCCACAAGCAUCAGAUCGAACAGCACCUCUUCAGCAAGACCAAGGGCACCGACAUGGAAUGGGUCGUGCUCAGGCCGGUCGCCUUCAUGGAGAAUCUCACGGACGACUUCAUGGGGAAGGUCUUCACCACGUCGUGGAAGAUGGCCGUCAAAGAGAAGCCGCUGCAGCUCGUCGCGGUCAGCGACGUUGGCUACUUUGGCGCCGAGGCGUUUCUGCACCCCGAGACGUACCGGGGCCGUGGGAUCUCGCUCGCCGGGGACGAAUUGACCAUCGAGCAGUUUGCCGCGGUGUUUCAUAAGCAUACCGGCAAGGAGUUGCCUGGCACUUACAGGAUUCUCUGCUGGCUCAUCAUGUCGAUGGCCAAAGACUUUGGGUGGAUGUUCAAAUGGUUCUACGAUGUGGGGUAUGCCGCCGAUAUCCAAGAGCUGAGGAGGGAGUAUCCCGGGUUGAAGGAUUUCGAGACCUGGCUGCGGACGGAAAGCAAUUUUGCAAAGUGAGGGGGGUCUAGCAUAUGAUUAGAGGCGAAGCUGUUCUCGGAUGAGGUCAGACCUGCCGGUUGGCUAAAACUACGAAGGUUGCUGUACGAUAUAGAAGCAUGCACAAUGCGUAAUAGACGGAAAGUAAUAAGAUCGGAC